CUGUAUUAUGCUCCCCAGAGCAGCAUUUCUUAUCCUGAUGGACAGCUUGUAAACUCUGCACAGAUGCCCGUGUUCGCUCCCAUUACAACAUGCAGCCUCUUUGUCUGCUGUAGCCCAGAUUUAAGCACCAUGGAGAACUCCCAGCGCUCCCGAAACAUCAGGAAUACGCAAAGAAUCCGGGCGAAAGCAGAAACGCGCGUGGCGCAGACAGCAAGUGCCAGUCUGGUGCAUUCCAAGGGACAGAGUGAAAAAUGCACGUCUGACAAGAAGGACUGCUAGUUUUUUUUUGUUUUUUUUUUUGACGGUUCUCCGCUCCCAGUCUACUACAAUAAAAAUAGAAAUUCCUGAAGCCGUUCACCGAGAAUUCCUGGCAUGGCUGAGAUUUUCACUUGAAGCACUGCAGCCUACCGUGUCAAUCACACAGCCCGGGUUUGCAAAAAAAAAAAAGGUAGCGCUUUGGUCAUAUCUUUCGUACAGUCAUUUUGCACGUUGUCUUUAUAUAUCUGUGUGUAUAUAUAUUGGGUUGUAUUAGCGGGUACGUAGGACAAAUGGGUCGUAUAUACAAAUAUAAAAAUAAACUCGCUGACGCCGACGAGAUAAAAAUAUAGGGGGAGAUAAAAAUACAAUUCCCACCAUGCAACGCAGCUUCUGACGGUACACGGGCAAAAUCUUGGGUCUUUAAAUAUACCACCGCUAAAAACCAAACGCUGCUCCAUCUUUUGAUCAGAAAUCUAUUUUUUUUUCAAUAUUCUUCCUGAUCCAAUUGGCUUCUGCUUGCGCCAGUCACUCCUAAUUGAAUUUCAAGCCUGCCCGGAGCAGGGGCUGAGGAGCAUGUGCGUGUAUUCCAGAUAUGGUAACACUAACAAGGAGAGACAGAAUCCGUGAGAGAGCGUAGGGACAGGGCACUAUCAUACCUGCUGACAAACCAUAUCCAUUGAACGAGAAAGAAAGGGUAACUAUCUCUAAACUAAUGAACUAACUAAACAUAAUAAUAAUAAUAAUAAUAAUAAUAAUAAUAAUAAUAAUAAUAAUAAUAAUAAUAAUAAUAAUAAUAAUAAUAAUAAACAGACAUAUAUACAUUUAAAAUCAAAAUGCCUGCUCACCAAAGCAGAUCAAGAACUAGAGACAGAAACAAUGUUCUAAACAGACCCGAGUUUAUCUCUCUGAAUCAGCCUCUGGCUCGAAGCAGCGCCGAACUUCGAAGUUCCAGCCGGAGGCACAGCGCUCAGGCGGGCCAGUUCAAACAGCCGCAAAGCCAGCAGGAGCCGCAACAGCAGCCACAGCCACAACAGAAUGGAAAUACCAGGGACAGGAAGGACUCGGCGCAGCAGCAGCCCGAGGAGGACUGCAUGCAGCUCAACCCGUCUUUCAAGGGGAUCGCUUACAACUCCCUGCUCGCCAUCGAUAUAUGCAUGUCGAAGCGGAUGGGGGUCUGCGCCUUCAAGACGUCCUCCUGGGGUAGUGUCCGCUCAAUGGUCACGCUCCUGGCGAUGACCGGCCACGGUGUUGUGUGGAUUGGUGUCACUCUCAUCUGCCUGACCAGGAGCAGCACACUAGCAGGGCAGGAAGUGCUGGUGAACCUGCUGUUGGCCCUGAUCCUGGACAUCAUGACGGUGGCCGGGGUGCAGAAGCUGAUGAAGAGGAAGGGUCCCCUGGAGGUGAGCCCGGGCUUCCUCGACUACAUCUCCAUGGACAUGUACGCCUUCCCCGCGGCCCACGCCAGCCGCGCCAGCAUGGUGUCCAAGUUCCUGCUCAACCACCUGGUCCUGGCCGUGCCCCUGCGCAUCCUGCUGGUGCUCUGGGCUUUCCUGGUGGGCAUCUCGCGGAUCUUGCAGGGCCGGCACCACAUCACUGACGUCAUGUGCGGCUUCGCCCUGGGCUUCCUGCACUACAAGCUGGUGGAGAUGGUGUGGCUGUCCUCCAGCGCUUGCCAGACUCUCAUCUCCAUUUGGACAUUCAGCUGGUCCCCCUUUUUCAAUUGAAAAGACCCCCCCCCCCCCCCUCCCCCCCCAUCGUAUGCACAGGUGUAGUCAAGUGCAAUCAAGUUUCAAAACGAAAAGAAAAACCUUCCUCUUGGAGAACCUGAACACCAUUGUCUAUGCUCUUCUCUUCUGCACAUUGCAUUAAUUUUUUUUUUUUAUUAUUUUUGGGUUGGAAUGCACUUGACUUCAAAUUGAAUAAUUAUUAUUAUUAUUAUUAUUAUUAUUAUUAUUAUUUGUUUUAACUAGCAGCAAGCCUGGUCUAGCCUGGUAGUGCUGUAUUAGAGUUUGUUGUUGAGUAAUUAAGAUUUUCUACCGUGUGCAUGGCAAUAAACAAGCGAUUGACUUUUUUUUUUCUUUGCUGUUGCUGUUCAGUAUUUAAUGCUACACCCGCGCACCAGCACCGGAUUCUGCAACAGAAGAAGCGUCUUCCAAAAGAACUCACAAAAAAUAUUUAUAUGUGUGUUUUCUUUGGGUCAGGUACUUGACUGUCUUACCAUAUCACAUCCCAAACAGAUUUGGAUGCUGCUAUAUAAUGAGUGAUAGACAGCAGUGAAGAUCUGGGGUUUUAAAUUCACUUGCAAACCGCUGCAGCCUAGCGAAUGUGAUCCGCUCGUUAAUGAGGCUCCUUUACUUAAUGGUCAUCCACAAUUAGACGAUCGCCAAGCAAGGCAGUGCAGGCCUGUCUAUAACUGUAUUUGAACAAAGGUUUAGAUGUGAUAUAUCUAGGUACUUUUAUAUAGUUUUUUUCAAUUCCUUUGUAGAAAAGCCUAUAGUAUUCGAAUGUGUCGUUGGAAACAGCCCAUGAAUACUACAUUGCUUGUUUCACAUCCCAUAAACACAGUAGUUUAAGAACUUUUUUUCUUAAAAUACUGUCAAUUUGGAAAGAGGAGUAAACUCAUUUCAUUUGAAAUUCCUUCCCGUAGAAAACCCUCAAAGGAAUCGCAGCCUUAUUACGUACAGCCGGGCGUACGUUAUUAUUAUUAUUAUUAUUUAUUUCUUAGCAGACACCCUUAUCCAAGGCGACUUACAAUUGUUACAAGAUAUCACAUUAUUUUUACAUACAAUUACAUUAUUUUUUACAUACAAUUACCCAUUUAUACAGUUGGGUAAUUAUUCCUUACAUUAUGAUUUUCAAAUGUUUACAGAAGCUUGAUGAAGUAUUUCCACAGUUUUCAGUGGAGGGGUGCUUUAAAACUUUUACAAGGCAGGGAAUUUCUGCAUGCUAAUCAAGCAAUGGCAUGCAAUGGGACACGCCAUCUCUCCAGGGACUAGGUUAAAGGACAGGGGGCAAUAAAUCAUAAAAUAAAAGAAAAAAGAAAAAAAACCUUCCUUUUAUCUGAUGCCUCAGUGUAGACGCCCCUUGUGUUUUCCUACCAUGUCGGCUGUCACUCCUUCAUGCUGUCUCUCCUUGACUCCUG